AUGGCCGAUGUGCAGACACCGACACCGACACCGACACAGACACAGAAGCAGACAACAGCUAUGAUGCCAGAAGCAAGUCAGCCUCGCCAGAUUCCACCCCGAACGACAGCGCUGCAAAUCCCUCGAUCCGCCGCUGUCUCAUUACCUCCUUCCAGCUCUGCCAGUCGCAUGCGCAACUCGCAUCUUGCCCUCGAUUCUUUCUCUCCAGUAAAUCAGAACGGCAGCUUCGAGUUCGAUCGGGUGCUAAAGAGUGGAUAUGUUCAGAAACGGACACGGAAAACAAAGGCAUGGAAGCCAAUAUACUUAGUCCUACGGUCAAAUUUCCUUUCGAUAUAUAGAGAUCAGAAGGAGGACAAGCUACGGCAUAAGAUCCAACUCGCAGACCUCACAGCAGUUGCCUUCCUAAAAGACCCCAAACACAAGCGCGAAAACGUGUUUGGACUCUUCUCUCCCUCACGAAACUACCACCUCGAAGCGAAAUCCAGAAAAGACGCCGAAGAAUGGGUUGAGCUCAUCAGACGGUCGGCACGAAUCGAGGAGGAGGAAGAAGAGAUGCUCCUCGCAAGUCCCAGCGGCAACGCCACAGGCACAUACAGCGGCUUCGACCGUGCCAUGCAACAACACAACGAAGCCAAACUCCUCCAUGACGAACGACUUGGCUCCAGCUCCCCGGAACCCCUAGAAAGCAUGCCGCAACCACGAUCCAAACUCGGCGGUCCCCGCAAAACAUCACAUACCUUCGACUACUCCGGCAACGAAUUAGCCUCCCACUCAGAUAUGUCAGACAAUGAUUUCGCACGCGCAGCAGGCGCCUCUAGUCUUUCCAUCCCCGAAGAAUCACUCGCCGUCCAAGCCCCCGGCACAAGCACAGGCAUCCGCCCCAUGCUAGGCGCGCGCAACGCCUCCCAAAUGUCCGUCCUGAACCCCGAACUCGAUCCCGAGCGUGUAGUAUGGCAAGGACACCUCCUAUAUCUCAAAAGCAAGAACGGGAUCCGGCAAUGGAAAGACCUAUGGGCGGUCAUCCGACCACGAAAUAUCCAGUUUUACAAAAACGAUAGCGAAUAUUCGACGCUGGUGAUUAUACCGCUAAACAGCGUGAUUAACGCGGUGGAGAUUGAUCCCCUUAGCAGGACGAAACGGCUUUGUUUUCAGGUUAUUACCGAGGAGAAGAGCUAUAAGUUCUGUGCGAGGACGGAGGAUGGCUUGAAUAAGUGUCUUGGGGCUAUCAAAAGUCUCUUGGCCAAGAGGAAGGAGGGGGAGAUGGGUGCAAGGGGACGGUGA